GACAGCGGGACCUCUCAGUGUGUGCGUGCGCGUGUGAGUGUGUGUGUUUGUUCAUGUGAGUGUGUGCUUGUGUGCUUGUGCAUGUUCUCGCUUCUGAAGAGUAAAAGAGGAGGGAAAGAAAGAAAAACAGAAGAAGAAUAAAACGGAGCCCCGGAGCGCAUGCAUGCAACAGCGUGGCGGCUUUAAAGGAGGAUGGAGACGCGUCCGGUGCCGCCGCCGCUCCGCUUUUCCUGGAGGUUUUUUCUUUUAGUCGGUGUGUUGCGGAUGUGUGUGAGCUCAGUGCUAGAGUGCCCACCGACCUGCAGCUGCUCCAGCACGGAGAUUUACUGCAAUAAAUCGCACCAGGGCAGCUUUUUCCCGCUGCUCGCCCUGCACGAGACGGGCAUGGACGCAGGCAGCAACGGCACGCACAGCACGAGCAUCUCCGACCUCUUCCAAAACAUCACCUCCAUACACAUCGAGAACUGGUUGGGUCUGCAAACCGUACAGGAAGUUGACAUGGCGCUGUACACAGGAAUCCAGAGACUGACUAUCAUGAACUGCAAUUUGAGGACCAUCCAGUCUCGAGCUUUUGCCCAGAACCCGCAUCUACGCUACAUAAAUUUAUCCAAGAACCCUCUGACUACUCUUUCCUGGCAGCUGUUCCAGAACCUGCAGCUUAUCGAUCUGAGGUUAGAGGGUGUGGUGUUUAACUGCAGCUGUGAGAUUCGGUGGAUCCAGCUGUGGCAGCAGAGAGGAGAAGCAGGUCUCCACAACCAGCAGCUCUUCUGUAACACAGGCUUCAGUCAAAUUCCUCUCCAGCUGCUCAACAUCUCCCACUGCGAUGUUCCAGAAAUCAGCGUGACACACAGCAGUCUGACAGUGAAUGAAGGAGAUCGUGUCACUAUCACGUGUAACGGUUCUGGAGUCCCGGUUCCUGAUGUGGACUGGAAGGUUAACUCCCUGCACUCCAUCAGCACACAACAGGCCACUCAGAUUCCUCCUCACGUGCACUCCUUGACGUUAACCCUGUUUAACGUGAGUCGAGAUGAUAACCUGUCCCUGCUGCCCUGCACCACCGAGAACAUCGUGGGCAUGAGCAACACGUCUGUCCAUCUCUCCGUCCAGUUCCCUCCCACCAUUAUACACUACGAGACCCCUGAGAGACGACACGACACGUGUAUGAUGUUCAUCGUCCGCGGCCAGCCGCUGCCUGAGGUGCGCUUCUUCUACAAAGACGUGGAGCUGCAGGUGACCAAAUACGUCCGCAUAGACAAGGAUGUUUACCGGGACACGCUCGAGGGCUGCCUCAUCUUCGAAAACCCCACCCACCACAACAAUGGCAACUACACCCUGGAGGCUCGCAACCACCUGGGCGUGGCCAACAAAACGGUCCACGCCCACUUCAUGGUUGCGCCGUUUGAUGGAGACUAUGUGGAAUAUGUUCAUCCCUCAGCUCACUCUCCCGUGAGUCCGAGUCUGACUCCCACCAUCGCUGUUACACACCGUCCUGAAGAGGACACGUUCGGGGUGUCGAUCGCGGUGGGCUUGGCUGGCUUCGCCUGCGUCCUCCUCCUCGUCAUGUUUGUCCUCAUUAACAAAUACGGCAGGCGCUCCAAGUUCGGCAUGAAAGGUCCCGUAGCUGUGAUUAGUGGAGAAGAAGACAGCGCCAGUCCUCUGCAUCACGUCAAUCACGGUAUCUUAAGCCCCUGCACGUUGGACACUGGGGCCGACGCUGUCGUCAUCGGCAUGACUCGAAUCCCAGUCAUCGAAAAUCCACAGUACUUCCGUCAUGGACACAACUGCAACAAACCUGCGACGUACGUGCAGCACAUAAAGCGGCGGGACAUCGUGUUGAAGCGAGAGCUCGGAGAAGGCGCCUUUGGGAAGGUCUUCCUGGCAGAGUGUUAUAACCUCAGCCCCACCAAGGACAAGAUGCUGGUCGCCGUCAAGACUCUGAAGGAUCCCACGCUGGCGGCAAGGAAGGAUUUCCAGCGCGAGGCCGAGCUCCUCACCAACCUGCAGCACGAGCACAUCGUGAAGUUCUACGGCGUUUGCGUGGACGGAGAUCCGCUCAUCAUGGUGUUCGAAUACAUGAAGCAUGGAGAUCUCAACAAGUUCCUCAGAGCUCACGGCCCUGACGCCAUGAUCCUGGUUGACGGACAGCCGCUGCAGACGAACGGAGAGCUGGGUCUGUCCCAGAUGCUGCACAUAGCCACUCAGAUUGCAGCAGGUAUGGUGUACCUGGGGUCUCAGCACUUUGUACACCGAGAUCUGGCAACACGCAACUGCCUGGUGGGGAACGGGCUGCUGGUCAAGAUCGGAGACUUCGGAAUGUCCAGAGACAUCUACAGUACUGAUUACUACAGGGUCGGAGGUCACACCAUGCUUCCGAUUCGCUGGAUGCCUCCUGAAAGCAUAAUGUACCGUAAAUUCACCACCGAGAGCGAUGUGUGGAGCUUCGGCGUCAUCCUAUGGGAGAUUUUCACCUACGGCAAGCAACCGUGGUUCCAGCUCGCCAAUAACGAGGUGAUCGAGUGUAUAACGCAGGGUCGUGUGUUGGAGCGUCCUCGUGUCUGUCCUAAGGAGGUUUAUGAUGUGAUGUUGGGCUGCUGGCAGCGAGAACCUCAGCAGAGGCUCAACAUUAAGGAGAUCCAGAAAAUUCUGUUUGCUUUGGGAAAAGCAGCACCAGUUUACCUGGACAUCCUCGGCUGAAAGAAACCGGACCUGGACCGCAUCUCUCUCUCUUUCUCUCUCUCUC